CCGCUUCCCCGCCGGCGGCCGGGCCGCUGCUCCCUCCUCCGCCCGAUCCGCUGCGGUUGUUUUCGCUCGGUUUUCGCUGCCAGCGCCCUGUGCCCGCUGAGGAGCCGGGAGGUCGCGCCGCUCCCCGGGCUGACUAGCGGCCGUCGGCGUUCCCCGGUGCCCCGCCCGCCGGCGGGGAGCGGGCGGAAUAGGCGCUCCGGUCCCCGCGCCGCCUCUCACUCCGGCGGCUGGGAGGGGGGCGUCCGCCGCAUUGUGCAUGGGCGCGGGGGAGGCGGGGGGCGCGGCCGUGGGGCUCCCCCGAGCCUCCCGCCGUGGGCUGGUAGCCUGGCUCGGGCGCCGAGCGAAGGCGUGAGGGAUGCUUUUGUGCGCGGCUGCGGGCGGAGCAGCGGGUAACGGCGGAGCGAGCGGCGGCUGGAGCCGCGCUUGCGGCGGCAGGUCGGGCUCCGCAGCCCUCCCGGCGGGAGAGGCCGGGCGCGAUGCUGAUUUAGGCGAGCGGAGCCCUUUCGAGCGCGGCGGGGCAGGCUUAGCAGCCCCGUAGCCGGCGUGAGUCCCCGCGGAGCUGGGAGGGAGGGCGGACGGGCAAAGCUCCCCAUGGCGAGCAACCGGAGCAUCGAGCUGGAGCAUUUCGAGGAGCGGGACAAGAGGCAGCAGCGCGCCGGGCCGCGCCGCGGCGGCACCGGCUCCGGUGGCGGCGGCGGUGGCCCGGGGCCGAGGGGCAACGGGCUGAUCCCCAGCCCGGCUCACAGCGCCCACUGCAGCCUCUACAGGACGCGGACCCUGCAGGCGCUCAGCUCGGAGAAGAAAGCCCGGAAAGCUCGCUUCUACCGCAACGGGGAUCGGUAUUUCAAGGGCUUGGUGUACGCCAUCUCCACCGACCGCUUCCGCUCCUUCGACGCCCUGCUCGUUGAGCUCACCCGGUCCCUGUCGGACAACGUGAACCUGCCCCAGGGCGUCCGCACCAUCUACACCAUCGACGGCAGCAAGAAGCUCACCAGCCUGGACGAGCUGGUGGAAGGUGAAAGUUAUGUAUGUGCAUCCAAUGAACCAUACCGCAAAGUUGAUUACACCAAGAAUGUCAAUCCAAACUGGUGUGUGAACAUAAGGACUGGGUCCACUCGAUCCUUGACAUCUUUGACAUCCACAAAGAGUGAAGUGAAGGAAAGUAAAGAUUUCAUUAAACCCAAAUUAGUGACUGUUAUUAGGAGUGGAGUAAAACCACGGAAAGCUGUGAGAAUUCUGCUGAAUAAGAAGACUGCUCACUCAUUUGAACAGGUCUUGACUGACAUCACAGAAGCCAUUAAGUUAGAUUCGGGUGUAGUGAAGAGACUUUGUACGCUGGAUGGAAAACAGGUGACAUGCUUGCAGGACUUCUUUGGAGAUGAUGAUGUCUUCAUUGCAUGUGGGCCUGAGAAAUACCGAUAUGCUCAGGAUGACUUCGUGUUGGAUCACAGCGAAUGCCGUGUUAUGAAGUCUUCUUAUUCCCGAUCAUCUGGCAUGAGGCAUACGGGGUCCAAAAGUCCAGGACCUUCACGUCGAAGCAAAUCACCUGCUUCAGUAAAGAGGGGUGGCCACUACUCCAGUGCUUAUUCUUCAGCAAAAUCCCCAGUUAAUGGAACCCCAAGCAGUCAAUUAUCCACCCCAAAAUCUACAAAGUCCUCCAGUUCUUCACCAACAAGCCCAGGCAGCUUUCGUGGACUUAAGAUCUCUCCACAUGGUGAAUCUUCUUCCAAUGUGAAUGGUGUACCGGAAUCACUCCAUUGCCAGAGUCCCGAAGGUGUGAAUGGAAACAAGUGCUCAGGGUCAUCUACCAUUCUUGAGAAGUAUAAAGUGGGGAAGGUGAUUGGUGAUGGCAAUUUUGCUGUUGUAAAGGAGUGUGUAGAACGAUCCACAGGAAAGGAGUUUGCACUGAAGAUCAUAGACAAGGCUAAAUGCUGUGGAAAGGAGCACCUGAUUGAAAAUGAAGUGUCUAUUCUGCGUCAAGUGAAGCAUCCAAAUAUCAUUAUGCUUAUAGAGGAAAUGGACACCCCAACAGAACUCUAUCUGGUGAUGGAGCUGGUCAAGGGAGGAGAUCUAUUUGAUGCUAUCACUUCUUCUACAAAAUAUACAGAGCGAGAUGGGAGUGCAAUGGUCUACAAUCUAGCCAGUGCACUCAAAUACCUUCAUGGUCUCAACAUUGUGCACAGAGACAUCAAGCCAGAAAAUCUCCUGGUAUGUGAAUAUUCAGAUGGAACCAAGUCUUUGAAGCUAGGAGAUUUUGGACUGGCAACUGUGGUUGAAGGACCUUUAUAUACUGUCUGUGGGACGCCCACAUAUGUGGCUCCAGAAAUCAUUGCAGAGACAGGAUAUGGCUUAAAGGUGGAUAUUUGGGCUGCAGGUGUGAUCACAUACAUACUGUUAUGUGGAUUUCCACCUUUUCGCAGUGAAAACAACCUUCAGGAAGACCUCUUUGAUCAGAUACUUGUUGGGAAGCUGGAUUUUCCUUCUCCCUACUGGGAUAACAUCACUGAUUCAGCAAAGGAGUUAAUUAGCCUGAUGUUACAUGUGAAUGCUGAAGCCCGAUAUACAGCAGCACAGAUCCUAAGCCAUCCCUGGGUGUCAGAUGAUGCUUCCCAGGAGAAUAAUAUGCAAGCUGAAGUAACAGGUAAACUGAAGCAGCACUUUAAUAACACCCUACCCAAGCAAAAUAACACAUCUGCUGGGGUUUCUGUCAUCAUGAACACAGCUCUAGAUAAAGAGAGUCAGAUUUUCUGCAGCAAGCACUGUCAGGACUCUGGUAGAGCUGGAAUGGAGAAAAUUUCUACAAUUACUGCUGCAGCCAGUGAUCCUCGUGUGGCUGGGUCCAAGACCCUCUUCCCUGCUGCUUCUGAGCCGCUCCGAUCCCCCACGCUCCCCGCCUCAGUGUCUCCCGAGUUUGCUGGGGAUCGGCCUGGUGCGUAGGACUGACGAAACCAAACCCUACUGAAGCUCCCUGCACUCUCGCCACAAUUUUUCUUCAUUUCACACGACGGUUUGUUUUCAGUUUGCGUGCACCCUCUCAUGGCCAGCCCAAGGCAGGCUCUGGCACGGGAGGCUGAUCUUCUCAUAGCGGGUGAGUGAACGUGCGUUCUGAGUGCUCUUUGCCCUUGUCUUGAGAGCAGCAGUAGGGGAAAGAAUCUGGCAACGUUAGAUGUUUUUUAAGUUACCUGUGUUAGUUUACUUAACUGCAUUUCACACAGCCUUGGGUUCCAAUAGAAUAACUUAUGGUGUAGCUAACCGUAUUUUUAUAUGAGCGGUGAGACGAUGAACAGUUACCUGGCCUCACCUUUACAAGCAGGCCCUGUUCUGUUCUUCUGAUGAGGAUUCUCAGAAAAGUGGGAGAGGAAGACAAGGGAAGAAAACUUACAUUCACCUUCUGUUCUGAUGCCUCUAUUUUUAGCCAAGUUUCUACUGAACUUGAAGAGGCAAAUUUUCACAAAAUAUUUUUUAGUGGACUAACUGAAAUACCAUGAGACAAACAUUGGAAAUAGAGGGAAGGAUGGUUGUUUUUGCAUCAAGUUUGUUAUCUGACUUGCAGGCUGCCGAGUAGUGUUUAGGUAAUAUGAAUUUAAAUAAAAGUGACUUGGGAUGUAAACACGAGCACUGGACAUUUAUUUAUAACAAAGACUGGAGUCAAGGAAGCCUUUUUGUUCUAGUCAUUUUCUAUCCUAGCCACAAGUGUCUCAUCCACACCUUUCUCCAGGGUCACACUACCUAUUAGAUAAAAUUACUUUGGACCUGUGAAUGGAAAGCCUGCUGCAUGUUAUCUAAGCUAGGAUGAACGGAGCAGUUCCUAGUUCUAGGGUGAGCUGAUAGAGGAGCUACUACAAAUAGCUGCCAUCAAUAGCUAUCAGAGGUUUGUCAGUGCUAUCUCCCUAUUCACCUGGUGCAAGCACUGGAAACAAGGAUUGGGGAGCAGCUAUCCUUAAUCUGCAGUCACAAGAUAGAUGAGGUUUUAUCUUUACCAUAAUGCUUAGUUCAAUAGAGUACGUAUUCAGCUUAUUUUUUUCCUUUGCUCGUUCCUAUGAAUUGGUAAUAGUUCAUUUUCUUUCUUAGCUAUACUUUCUACUAGAAUUGUAAAAGAAGAACCUGCAAUAAACUUUCUUCAUUAAAAAAAAAAAAAAA